AUGUCCUUCGGAAGAUUAUGUAGUUUUACAGUCGUCAAACUCUUCCUGAGAAUUAAUAAUUCGACGGACUUAAUCCUUAGACCAUUAGGAACAAAUACUACAGCAGAACAAGCCAUAUGUCAAUCACAAGCACAGUCAGUUCCAAAUACGAAAAGAGAAUAUCUAGAAAACUUGUUACUUCAGCAACCACUUUCUUCUCCCGAUGCUCGCGUUCUAAAGGUUGCCGUGAUAGGCUGUCCGAACAGUGGAAAGUCAAGUUUGGUAAAUAUGCUUACCAAGUGGAAAGUUUGUGCGGUGUCCGGAAAAGCCCACACAACUCGGUCGAAACAAACGGCUACGUAUUUUCAAGAUAAUGUCCAACUGGCUUUUGUAGACUUACCCGGACUUGUUAGCAGAUCAAAAGCCUCCAGAUUUAAGCUUGAGAAAACAUUCAUUCGGGAUCCUCAUUCUGCUAUUUUCGAUUCUGAUUUAAUUCUUGUGGUUAUUGAUGUCAGUCAUAAAGAAUCACGCGAAGUACUUCAUGAAGAAAUUGUAAAAGCACUACAUUUCUUUAACGAUAAAGAAUCAGUAUUAGUAUUAAACAAGAUUGAUAGAUUGUCUAAAAAUCCAACUAGACUAUUGGACAUAGCUCGGAAACUUACUGGUGGCAUCGUACAUGGUCGACGUUCACAUAUUGACAGAUAUGCAAAUCGGUUUAAACGUCAAGCAAAGUUAGCUGACACAGCUCAUCAUCUCAUUCCUCCCAAUGAAUUGAUUGCAGCUAGAUUACCUGCUGUAUGCCAUCAAACAACGAAUAAAUUUCUUGUUUAUAUGAAUAAUCUGGCUCAGAUUGAAUCGACACAGGUUGACGUGGAUAUAACAGAUUCUAAGUUGCUACCAGAUAAUAUGCUAGAGAAAAAAUCACUAUCAGAUGCCUUCCUGAAAGAUCAUUUUUUAAAUGAAAUGAAAGAACACAGGGAUGCAUUUUUUGAUUGUCAUAACAUACCGGGAAACGAUAAAUUAAUGCCUUCAGAUAGUCAAAGCCUUCAUAAAUCAAAGACUGAAAUCAAUCAACUUCUUUUGAACACAUGUGGUGAAUCGAAUCAAAUUCUGGAUGCAAACAGUGAUUCAGAUCAUAUAGAUUCUAUGUUGGAAACGUUAAAACAACAAUUGCUACUUCAGACAGCAUCACCUGAGGAAGUUUGUAAUCGUCGAAAUCGUUGGUUAGAGAUAACAAAAUCAACUAAAGGGGUUACAAAGUGGUUAGGUUUCAGUGAGGUUUUCAUGGUCUCUUCGUUUAUAGGCGAUGGGAUAGACAAAUUGAGGGACUUCCUUGUAUCCAAAGCUAUACCGACUCGUUCUUGGAUCCUACCUCCAACAAUGAUAACCGAUCAAGAACCAACUGAACUCAUACGAAUGUGUGUAUGGACACACUGUCUCAACAAACUACAACAGGAAAUCCCAUACUCGUUGCAUAUUAUCGUAGAUGAUUGUGACAAAAUUAAACUGGACAGUGGUGAUGAUCGAGUAUACGUUCACGUGCGCAUACGAUGUAAAAAUGAACGUCAGUUAUUACGUGUUUUAGGUAUGAAAGGAAAUACGAUAAAGGAGAUUUCAAGCGCUGUUAAACUGGAGCUCAUGACAAUGUUUAGAUGUAAUACGGUUGUAAAAUUAACUGCCGAGUUAUUCAAAAUCGACUCUAAUAUCAAAAAGAAGCUUCGCCGCACCCAAGAUUUUUCCGAAGUUUUUCCAGUAAAUGACAGAUUGGAAUAG